AUGCCAUCCCUGGGUAUUAUUUCUGUUUACGGUGACAGCUUUCGUAACCAUACUCUGAAGGCGGAUGUCGAUGGCUUUUUGCUUGAAGAUUUAAAUAUGACAGCACAAAAUCAUGAUGAGAACGCUCCUCUUUUAGGAGAUGUUAGUGAUAACUUUUCUCCUGAUUCAUAUUCACCACUUGUAAACGAAAUACAUAACGAUUCAGACUUCAAAAAUGUUUUACAAAGUGCUCUUCAAGCUAUUGAGUCUGGAAUAUUGCCCGAGAGAAUUUAUCAAGGGUCAAGUGGGAGUUACUUUGUUAAGAAUGCUAAUGGAGAGAAAAUUGCAGUAUUCAAACCGAAGGAUGAAGAGCCCUAUGGGAAGCUUAACCCAAAAUGGACCAAAUGGAUGCAUAAACACUGCUGCCCUUGCUGUUUUGGUCGAUCAUGUUUGGUUCCAAAUCAAGGUUACCUUUCAGAGGCUGGUGCCAGUCUUGUAGAUCAGCGACUACGGCUCAAUAUUGUUCCUAGAACAAGAGUUGUUCGUUUAGUAAGCGAAAGUUUCAACUACAGCACAGUUGAUCGCGCAAAAUCUAGGACUAAACAACACUUUGCUUCACGAUUCCCCGAGUUAGGUCGUCAUUUCAACCGUCUUGGGCUUCCUCCAAAAAUUGGAUCUUUCCAGCUUUUUGUUUCUGGUUGUCGAGAUGCUGACUAUUGGCUUCGUCAUUUCGAUAAUGAAUCACUUCCUAAGCCUACAGCUUCAGAAUUCCGAUUUCAGUUUGAAAAACUUGUUAUACUUGAUUAUCUAAUUCGGAAUACAGAUAAGAUCUCAUUGACCAAUAUGACAAAUCAAUUCAACUUGUUUUCUGAUCACUUGAAGAUCAAAUCGUGGAAUGAUAAUUGGCUUAUUCGUUAUCAAAGUUCAGAACUGAAGGAAGAUACAGAUGAGACCAAUAAAGAUGAUUGGGGUGUUGUUGAUAUGCCAAAAAUAGAAUUAUUUGCAAUCGAUAACGGUUUGUCUUUUCCGUUCAAACACCCAGAUGAAUGGAGAGCAUAUCCUUUUUAUUGGGCUUGGCUUCCUAUCGCUAAAGAGCCAUUUUCAAAUGCGAUUAAAGAAGCUGUUCUUCCAUUAUUAUCUGACAUGCACUUCAUCAAUAGUCUAGUUCGUGAUCUUCAUAAUUUGUUCAAAGUGGAUCCAGGUUUCGACUUAUCUACUUUUCAUAAACAAAUGUCCGUUUUACGUGGUCAGGUUGUGAAUUUAGUCGCAGCUCUACGGGAUUCGAAAAGCCCGUACGAUCUUGUACGAAUGCCAGUACUAACUUUAGAGUUGUCCACUAAAAAGCGUUCUACAAGACAUAAUUGGCCACAUCGACGGUUAGCAGCUGGUUUCGCUCAAAAUGAAAAUGUACCUGAAAUUUCUACAUAUCGCAAUAAUUAUAAUAAUCUUACAAUUGAUGUCAAUCCUACAAAUAGUGUACAGACUAAUCAAGAUUCAGUAUUCACUGAAAAUCAGACAAAUAACUUAGUCGAUUGUGAUAAUAUAAUAAAUCUUGAUAGCUGUCAACCAGAUGUAAAUUCAGAACAUACACAUGAGAUUGAUAUUGUUUCUGCUGCUACUGGUAGUGGAGGUGUUGAUGACGAUGAUGAUGAUGAUGCAUUGGAGCAUGGACUAGUUGCUUUACCAACUUUUAGAAGUAAACAAAUUAUGUUGAAUAAUAAUAAUGACAGUAAACAGACUGAAGUGGAUCUAGCCGACAGUGCUGGUGAUGAUGCUGAUGAAAAUGAUGAACAGCGCUUCAAUUUACGUUAUUACAAAAAACCUUUUUUCACUUGGUUUUAAAAAUCUAUUCUUUCCCUCGUUUAUCCAUUCACUAAUUUUGAUGUUGUGUAAACAAAAAAAUACAUAUAUUUGUCUUUUUUUCUAAUUAUUGACACAUUAAAAUUGUGUUGACAAUCAGAAAAGAGAAAAAAUGAUUUCCAACAUUAAGUUGUGACAUUUUUAUGGUAAUUAAUGAUAAUAUAUAUUUUAUUAAUUUGUAUAAUCCAAAUUCUAACUUUCUAAAUCCCUUUAAUGUAUUAUUAAUUUGUACUGGUACGCUCCUCUGUUUAUCCAUGCCCCUUUUAAAUAUCCUUUUCAACUUAAUUUUUUCUUCCGGAACUUUGUACAGUUUUGAUUCUAUUAUAUAUAUAUAUUUGACAACGAUCAGAUGUAAGUCAUUGUUGAGUUGAAUAACUUGAAUACAUUAAAAAUCUAUGUGGUGUACAUGGUAGUCGGAUAAACUUCAGCGUCUUACUUGUUUCCAAUUUAUGCAGUUUCGCUAACUCUCUUCAAUGGAAUGUAUUUUGUUUUGUGAGGCUUUUUUCUUUGACUGCAGAAUUUUACAAUUUAAGUAUGGAAUUUCCAUAAAUUAGAUUUAUUUAGCUUAAUAAUUAACUAGUUUAGGCUUAAA